UCACCGACGAAAUAUACUUCGAAUUAAAACUCCCGAAAAACAGAAAAAAGGAAGAGAAAAUGAAAAGAAUGAAAAUCGCGCGCAUCAGAGGACACUACGGAAGUAUCAGCCCGAGGCGUCGAGUCGGCAUCUGGGACAGGACAGAAUACGACCCUCAGGGGAUAGGACGGUACAGAGUACAAUACCUCCGCCGGGACACACCCCGCCGCUCCCUCCCGCGGGACUUGUAGCCGUUCCGAACGGCUAAUGUCCCGAAAGGCGACGGGCGACGGGGGACAGGGCGACGGGGCGACGGGACUGCGUCGAGCGGGGGUCGUCAUCUCUCGGGCCCGGCCGUCCGGCGGUCGCAACUCGUGUCGACCGCGGAUUGAUCCGGGACUCGAUUUGACCGACAGUUCGUGAGUCCAGGAUCUGCCGGUACGUCUGACGCUCCCUGCCAGCGAGUUACAUAACCUGUCGGCCCGGUGUGGGCCCCGCCGCCGCCCUCCACGCUCUUGUGAAGCUCUCUCGCCUCUUCUGCCGGGUGACCGUUGCCGGGCGGAGGGCCCCCCCACCCUGCCAACCCCCCCACCCCGCGCCUGUUCGUUCAUAUUGAGCUCUGGCUCCGAGUUCCGGUCAAUCAGUCCCACUUCCCGACCGUCCGCCGUUCGUAUCUCCCACCCCUCCCACUGCUCCUCUUCUUCCCCCUUAUAGUCCACCCGACGUCGCUGGUCCACUGCUGCUCGUUGUCACCAGUAGCUCCCUACCGUCGAGUGCCUGGCGUCCCCUCUUCCGUCCUGCUCUGCAGUUCAGCAGCAGCAGCAACAGCAAUAAGGAGAGGAGUGAGGUCGGCAUCAUCAGCAUUGUCGAGGUCUCUCUCUCUCUGCUCGCGAGGAAGAGCAGCAACGAGGAUCGAGCAGGAGCGAGGGCCAGGCAGAGCUGAAGCGGCGUCAGCGAUUGAACGAAAGAACGAGAGAGAGAGAGAGAGAGAUAGAGCUUCUUCGUCGGCGAGGCUGUGCGAUUUGGCGCACAGGAGGGUUCAAAAUGGGGCGAACGCGUGCUGGCUCGGUGGUGGCCGUGCUCUUGUUGAGCUGGAUGGCGGUGGCGUCCGCGUUCAACAUCACGUUGAUGUUGAACGCGAGGCCUUCUUUGAGUGCGAUGAACCAGUUGCUGACCUCGUCGGGCGUCGCUGCAGAGAUUAACUCGAGGACUUCAUUGACGCUUUGCGCCGUGAGCAACCCCGUGUUGCAAGCUUUCGUGGCGACCGUGCCCAAUGUGGACGCGGGUGAAGUCGCUGAUCUCCUGAGGUACCACGUCUUUCUUCAGUAUUUGGACAUUCCCGAGCUGAAGCAGAUCGUUCCAGGCAGCCCGAGCACCGUGACUACUCUUCUGCAGACCACGGGAAGAACCGCAGGAAACGACGGAUCAGUCAACAUUUACUACGACGGGACUGCAAUCCAAGUCGGUCUUCCAGACAUCACUGCACCACCGAAUGCCACCAUUCUGAGCAGCAUUGCCUCUAUUCCAUACAACAUUAGCAUUGUCCAGUGCGACAAGGUUCUCGUUCCUCCAGGCUUCGGGACUCGCGCCACCGAUAAUGCUAACAUCACCGCCGCUCUUGAGGCCGGGCUCAACUACAACACUUUCAUCCAGCUGAUUCAAAGCACAGGCAUCGACGCCGAAUUCGCAGCGAAGCAGACUGGUACCGGAAUCACCAUUUUCGCCCCUACCGAUGCUGCGUUCGCUGCCCUCCCAGCCGGUGCAUUGGCAGCUCUGACCCCAGACCAAGCCAAGCAGGUGCUCCGGGCUCACGCCAUUGUUACGUACUACCCACUCGGAACUCUGUCGACCAUGAACAAGCCUAACGAGCCCACACUGGCCACCACCACCGGAGGUCCUGGAACCUACACUGUGAAUGUCUCCACCUCGACCACUGGCGGCGUCACUCUCAGCACCAGCGUUUCAUCGUCGAGAAUCGGAGCAACUCUCUUCGACACGAAUCCCACCGCCAUCUUUUCGAUCGACAAUGUCAUCCUGCCUGCUGAAAUCUUCGCCACUGCACCAGUUCCAUCUCCAGCUGUGGCCCCUGCUCCCUUGACGCCAGGUCUAGCUCCCGCACCUCUCAGCCCAGUGCCUGCCCCUGCUCCCGGCACUCCAGUCCCAGCACCAGCUCCGGCUCCUCUCACUCCAGUGCCUGCCCCAGUGCCCACUCCUUCGAGCACUCCAGCUCCUGCUCCAGCUCCCAUGACUCCCACUCCAGCUCCAGUACCCGCCCCAGACAUGGCAAGCCCACCAGCACCACCAGAAGAGAUCCCCAUCGCCGAGACCCCAGCUGAGACUCCGGCUGACACGCCUUCUUCUGCUUCGAGCAUCGACAUGAGCAGGGUCGUAUUGGCAGCCGUGACUCUCUUCUCCGGACUCAUGCUGUUGUAGAUCAGUUAGUCGUUCAGAGCUUGAUUUGAUACAAUUUGAGUCAAUUUUCCGAACCGGGUUCUAUUCAUUUACAGCGUUAAUUUAGGCCGCCGACAUUUAUUCUUUGAUGUUUUAUUCAGCUUUGUACCUGAAUAAUGUAAAGUGUUCCGUUCAGUCAAACCACGAUUGUGUUCAUCACGAUACCUCUUUCAAGGUGACUUUCACCUUCAGUUUC